GGGCGUGAGAGGCGUGUGACGCUGCGAGAGGAAAGCCGAGUGAGUAGGGGCCGCCCCUUCCCAUGUGACCGGGACCCCCUCACUUCCCGCCCAUCGGAACGGAUUUGUACCCUCAGUUCACAUGUGAUAGGUGUUUCCUCCCGUCCCUGGGUUCCGCCUGGAGUCCCCGGAGCUGCCGGCUACAGAUCGGCAGUUAAAUGCAGAUGGCGACAGCUUAGAUAUUUUUAGCCGUUUAUCUCCUCUAAACACAUUUUAUUCUGAUACUGUAUCUCGGGCGCAGCUGUUUCACCUUGGCCUUGGCAGUGAGUUUGUUGGUUGGUACGUCUGGCUUAUAGCAGAGAGGUCCCUGGCUGCCUAGUGAAGAGCCGUAAUAUCGCUUUAUCCGCUGAAUUUCCUGCCAGCCUGCAGCAGGGUAAGACUAUCAGCUGCUUAAGGAACUCCAUGGGCAUCCAAAUUCCUUCGCUUAUCGGGACCCGUGCCUUCGGCCACAGAUAACCUCCUCGCCAAGCCUCCCAACGUGCCUUACUCCACCUGGAAAUCACCAGAAAUACGCUUACCUGGGAAGUUUUCCUCUGAACGCCGCAGCUUUUGCCAUCUGUAACAAAGUUCUGUUUUUGUGGCAAGAGGAAAAAAAAAUAAUUUACCCUCACGGCGAUGCGAUAGAGACGACGGGAAGAUUUGUUCCCAAUCUGUCUGAGCAGAAUGUCCCCAAGCUGCUGAUUUUUUUUUCCCCAGAAUACUUUUUUUUUUUAUAAUUUAUUUUUUUGGUAAUUAACACCAAUUCCACCUGAAAGUGGACAAAAAUGGUCAUCGCUAAGGGUCGCUACCUUCUCCUCUUCCUCUGCGUCCAGCUGGUGGUCAUGGCUCUGCUGUAUAGGGAAGGCUACAGGAAAAGGGUGGCUUAUUUCUUCGGUAUAUUUUACAAAGGGGGACCUGCCUCCAUGGGACUGAUGAACCCCCACAAUGUAUCCCAGCCCGGGGACGUUUACGCCAACCUCAGCCUAAUAUCCAAGUCUUCCUUACGGGAAGAGGAGUUGCCAUUCUGCCCGGAGACCUCACCUUAUAUAGGGGGCCCAAUAAGAGUCACGUUGCCGGAGAACUUGUUACUGGAGGAGGUGGAGAAAAAGAACCCUUACGUGUCCAAAGGAGGGCGCUACAAGCCACCCGACUGCGAGUCCACUCAUAAAACGGCCGUGAUCAUCCCUCACCGCGGCAGGGAGCAGCACCUUAAAUACCUGCUGUAUUAUCUGCACCCGUUUCUGCAGCGGCAGCAACUGAACUACGGGAUAUACAUCAUCCAUCAGGCGGGUAAUUUUACUUUCAACCGCGCUAAGUUGCUGAACGUCGGCUUCAAGGAGGCCAUGAAAGACGAGGAUUGGGACUGCUUGUUCUACCACGAUGUCGACCUCAUUCCCGAAGACGAUCGCAAUAUCUAUACCUGCGACAAAUUUCCCAAGCACGCCUCGAUCGCCAUGGACAAGUUUGGAUACAAAUUGCCUUACAAAUCCUACUUCGGGGGAGUGUCAGCCCUUUCCCCAGAACAAUACAUGAAGAUGAACGGCUUCCCCAACAACUACUGGGGAUGGGGCGGCGAAGAUGAUGAUAUAGGCAUCAGGGUCGCACUUAGCGGCAUGAUCAUCUCUCGCCCUUCUAUCCAGCACGGGAGGUAUAAAAUGAUCAAGCACGGCCACGACAAGGGCAAUGAGCAAAAUCCCAAAAGGUUUAACAUGCUGACGAAGACCCGGCGGACGUGGCGGCAGGACGGGAUGAACUCGCUGCAGUACCUACUGCUCUCCAAGGAGUUGCAGCCGCUUUACACCAACAUCACUGUGAACAUCGGCACAGACAAAGGCCUGAACCCCCACACGUGAGACCCGGCGCCCCCCCACCGCUCGUGCUGUACUUUCCCAGAAGCCCUUUCUUAGAACUGUUAGCAGCAACUCAAGGAACCCAACGCCAUGGCCUAUGGGGCGCCCCGCCGCCAUAUCCUUCUCUCUGUAUAAAGAUAGAUAUUUCCGUUGGCUUUUUCUGUCUUUCACCUUAAACCGAGACUGGAAAACCAAAGUACGAAUCCGGCGUUGCCGGCGGCCUAUGGGAUGCGGACUGGACAGCCAUUGGCUGCAAUGACUCUUCUGAUCCCGCCCCCGAGCACUGAGAACUUCCAUACAGCGAGGGGGGCCCCACCCCUACGUUACAGGCCGGGAUCCCUCGCUCCGGGGGGGCAGAGACCUCUGUUUUUCUGCAGUAUUUGUACGUCUCUUCUCUGCAAUAUCCCCUCCGACCAAUCACGCGGGGGGAGGAAAUCCACCACUGAUCUCUAUCCCAAAGUGCAAUUUCUAAACCAGUUUUAACACGAGGAUUUUACUUUUCCCAACACUGAAACGGAAUUUAUUUUUCUAUUUUUCCUUUACACUAGUUUAAUACCAUCCAAUCCUGAGGAAGGACCCAUUUCCUUACUUCCUGUUAUACAACCGGAGCUCCGCCCACAGAGCCCAGGGCUUCCUACACUAAUAUUUUAUUUCCUUCCCAGUUCCCUUAGACUUCGUUUUUCUCAUUUCUGAGCUCCGCCCCCUCCAUAUCGUAUAUCUAUCGUAGUGCGGACCGUCGCGCCCCGACGCACUGGGAUUGGUCAACUCAAGGAAAGAACUGUAACCAGUAUUAACGUCACACCGAAGUGCCUUUAAUGCCAAUUUAAAUGCAUGGGACAAAAAAAAACGACUUUUUAUAAAAAAAAAAUCCCGUCUCUGCCAAAAACUAUUCUCAGAAUCGCACGUACGGACGCUGUUCUACAGUCAUUUGUGGCCCCUCCUUAUGGGGCUUAUUUUUUGCUCAGUGAACUGUGAAAAUCGGUAUAAACCAUUUCUUUAAUAAAUAGAUAUAUAUA